GUUUUUGUGUGUCAUAUUCUCUCAUAUAUUUUUGGGGCUUCAAUGCACAUCAUAUUUUUAAAUUGCUAAUCCUUCAGAUCACAAAGUCUUCGAAUGCCAUCAUCUGCUGACAACUCGAUGAACAGUUUAAGGUCAUCACCUCGUCCUAUGAUUGGAUAUGGUAAUGUCGAGACGAGAAUUAUUGAAGCGGACUAUCCUGUAGCCAAUAGUCUUGCAUCCAUAGCAUCGAAUGAUGAGAGUGGUCAUCUGUAUUUAUCCGGACGGCAUACAUCAACUGAACAGUCACGAGAGGAGCUCAAUAUCGACGAAAUACAUCAUGAAACAGAGGAAGAAAAGUAUGUACAAGUUGUACAGUUUGUUUGUAUCAAUUGUAAUUUUAUAAUAAUUUUAAAGUAAAAUCAAAUUAGCAAGGAAGUGAUAUCUAAUAUUGAUCAAAGUCCUAAUCAUUAAUAGCUAUGGAUAUAUAGUACAUUAUCCAACAAUCAGUCAACUUGGUUGCCUCUGUACCAGAUAAAUUCGUAAUUUGGUGAACUGAUGCCGCCACCGUAAGUGAUUCUAAAAAGCAAAUGGUUGGUAAUUUUGAUCAGUGUCAAUGGAUUGACCAUCCUUGUACAGAGAAAAUAGCCUGGGUACGAGGUUGUGAAUUGACGUGAUAUGAAUAUUAUUCAGUCCAGUAUAAAAAUUAUAUAUUCAAGCAAUCUUGUAUUCAAGCAUUGGUAUUUCAUGCGAGGACCACAAAUAGUUUGAAGAAACAUACCAAGUAGUGCUCAUCCUAACACAAACCCUAACCCUAGUUCUAACAUCUCAUGGCUGCAAACGUUAAGGCCCUGUCACACUAUUGCGUAUGAGAGAAACGUAUGAGAAGCGUAUGAAAAUUAAUGAAAUAAUUUUCAUACGCACAAAAAUCCUUUGAAAUGCCAGCGUAUGAGUACCGUACAUCUGGCGUACCUCUAGCGUAUUCAGCGUGUGCCUAUAGAGUAUGCUUAUCGUAUAAAGCAUACGUCCGAUACGCACAAAAUUUUUGAACAUGCUUAAAAACAGUUUUCUGCCUCGCCGUAUGCCAGCGUAUGCCACCGUAUGCGACCGUGCUUGAAACGUAUACAACCUAUGCUUAACGUACCCCUAGCGUAUGUCAGCGUAUACCGGCGUAUGAGUGAUAUUUUUCAUACGCUGGCACACGCUAGUACGAUACGCAAUAGUGUGACAGGGCCUUUAAGGAGCCGGGCGCUACCUCCAUAAUAUAAGUUGGUAACUGCGAAUUCAGCUAACAUGUGAAGGCAGUGGAGCUACCUUUCUAAACCUACUUGCUAACCACACUCCAAAAAUCUGCGACGGUAUUGACUACAUGCAGUAUUGCAGUACGUUCCAUUCGAAGAUUGGCUACCUCCAAAAAAAAAAUCUUCGGGUAUGCGUUAUCUAACAAGUUUAACCAACUCUAACUUAACUCAAACUAUUAUGUGUACCUGAAGUGUUAAAGUUUUGUUGUGGCACCCUCUAAUACUAAAUACUUUCUACUUGGUCAGUUCAAACCUUGUUCAAGAAACAAAGAGUGAAGAACAUCAUAUCACGUUGAAUGGUGAGCAUGAAAAUACUGCAAGAGAACCAGAACCUUUAGUGAAUGGAGAUUUAAUUGAACCCCCUGUCAACAAACAAGGUAAAGAAAAAUUGUAUCAAUGACUGUUAAUAAUAAUCAUACUAAGUUAAAUGUUACUUAUGAAAUAACCAGUAAGCAGCCUUUACACACUUUAGUCCGCUGAGUGUGAUUAUUAUGUUUUCAACUUAGUACUGUAGUUUGUGUAGCCUGUAAACACGACUCUCGAUAAUUUGUGCUUUUGUACCUUUGCUUUACUAUGCUAAGUGUGAUUAUUAUGUUGUCAAAAACCUUUCAACGCGGGUUUUGUACCACAAAGCGCUAAUAAGCGAUAGCACAAGUGUUGGUGGGAUUCGCCCUUAAGGUACUAGUACUUUUCUUGUAAUAGUACUUCUAGUUUUUGCACAUAUUACAGUAUGCUAAGUACAGGUAUGAGGUUUUCCCACAAACUAUUCAACAACAAAGUUUGGUUGGUGCCUAUUUUUGCAGGGAUGCCGUGCGUACACUCUCGUCUAGGUAAAUCUAUUGUAUCUUAAGUUACAUUGUUUUGAACAAAUGUUCAAAGGUGUUGUGACACCACCUCCUGCGGCAUUGUCAGAUUCAGAUGCGUAUAAUGUCAGUCAAGAUUUAACAAUUAGUCGCCGAAGGCGAGAUGAUUACAAGCCUAUAUUCACGAAGGCGAAGUGAUAUAGACUUGUAAUCACCGAGCCUGAGGCGACUAAUUGAUUUAGUAUAAUUUCAGUGUUUAAAAGGUUUUAUUUAUAAAUAUAACUAACAUGCUUGAUUUCCUCGUUCUUCAAGGUUUUGUGACGCCUCCUCCUGCCGCAUUAUCAGAUUCAGAUGUGGACGAUCCCAGUCAAGAUGUCUUCAGUGAAGGAUCAUCGAUCUCAUCAAUAUCAUCACCACUUGGCACAUACAAGAGUGAUGAUUCUCUAGACAGAAAGGUAUUACUGUAAUACUCACAUUAAUAUAAACUUUUUAAUUUCUGGAAUCCAAAUGUAGUCUUUAAGUCGAAACCCAACAGGAAAUAGAACCCAAGAUCUCAAACGGUGGAAUUGCGCAGUAAUAUAGCAUGAGGAGAUUGGGUACUAUUAACGAGGGGAGAAGAGUUGGACAAGCACUUCAGACAGUCACCAAUUAUCCCACAUAAUCCUUGCGUAAUACCACCGUUUUAGGGUGUUGCCUGUAGACGAGGCUUUUUGAGCUCCUCCUUGAAAGGAUGUACGAUGUACUGACUUUUUCAAGUAACACAUUGUAGAUUGAAUAAAUUAGAUGGUGCGUGUAUCUAUCUCUGGCUAAACUCUUGUGAACUACUUGUUAGCAUUUUUGUAUUUUGUUAUUCUGCAGCUACCUAAAGGAACUGCAUACCACGUGGCUCGGGAAAUAUUACAAACAGAAAGAACGUGAGUAUAGAAAGCACAGUAUAAUUCAAAAGAAUCAAAAGAUCUUUAAUUCAUCAUGCACCGUAGUAUAACAGCCUCAGUAGUUUGAUGUGAAAGUAUAUUAAGGGCUGUGUAAGGUUAAUGUAAAAUCGCCGGCUGUCUUGUGGUUCCCAAGUAAUGACGUUUAAAUAAUUAACACAUAAAUGAAUUUGUAUCCUUAUAGGUAUGUGAAAGACCUAGAAGUUAUCACUAUCGUAAGUGGUUUAUGUAUUAUAAAACACGAGCUGGAGUGCUUUAAAAGAUGAGUUUUUAAAAUUAUUGAGUUUUUAAAAAUUACUCGGGAGGUGGAUACUGGAUAGUGUUUUUCGCGCAAUUUGAUUGGUUGCUCAACUCCGGAUAUCGUAUAGUACUAUUCACCUCCGGACCAAAACAAAAUACCCGUUUUGUUCCGUUUACAGACGAGAAAAUUUUACGGAGUACUUGCUGCAGUGUACCUUUACAUUACAUUAUAAUAUCUACUUUAAUUUUAGGCAUUCCGUAAUACAGUUUUUGAGAAAGAAGCACUACCAGAGGAUGUGAAGGAAUUGCUGUUUAGUAACUUUGAUCCAUUAUAUGACUUUCAUUGCUUGUUCCUUGAUGAAUUACAACAGAGACUUUCUCAAUGGUAUGUACUUUAUGGUUAUCUUGGAAAUCUUAUAUUGGAUAUCCACUGAAAGUUUUUAUUAAUUGUUGUGUUUGCAAAACACGGAUUUAGAGAAAGGAAGAGAAAAUACCCUAAUCGUUUCUUUUAGAUAACUAAUCGCAUCUUAUUUGGGCAAACUCAAAUAGAUAGGAAAGCAUUACAACAUUCUGUUACAUUUUCUAGGGAAAGUGAGGAAAGCUAUGAACAUCAUAAGAUUGGGGACAUAGUGUUGAGUAAUUUAUUACAAAUGAAGGUAAAAUAUUUUUAAUGUUGCUGACAAAGUUGAUUUAUUUGAAUACUGCAAUUGAUACCGAUGAUACGGGAAACAAAACGCCAAUUCUGUCCCAUUUUGCAAUCCCAUAAUUCCUCAUCUCCAGUGCCCCAUCCAUAAAUGUGAAAAAUUAUCGUUUGAUGAAGGUAAAAAGGCAUGUUUCCUCCAGUAUACAGUUACCAUAUUUUUACACAACAGUACGUAAUAUCAACAUUUUAACUUUUUAUUUUUCAGAAAUUUAUUGAAGUGAUAAAGAACCAUGAAAAAGUGCUACUGGCUUUAUAUAAAACUACGAAAAAUUCGGUUGAGUUUGAAAAAAUAUACAAAGAGUUUGAGGUAAAGUAUAGGAUUUGUCAUUUUGUUAGAAAAGCUUCAGUGACAAUGAAGUAUCUUGCUUCAAUAAAUAUUUCUCGUAUUGAAUCGCUGCAAAUUGCCUUAAUGUUUACACCCACGCGUGCAUUUGAAAGACUAAUUAUUUGUGAGAACACGGUAGUAGCUAACUAGGGCAUUCGCGUUAUCCGAAAAUAGAGAGCUUUGCAUUUUGCUACGACUACGAGAUCCGUUAUUUGGAUAGCCGUGGCCAAAUUGACAACGGGAUUUUUGUCUCCUAGUAAAACAAGCAUCUACUGCCAGAUUAUGACGUACGUACGUAAUGGCGUGAGAAGAUGACGAACAUGAGCAAACAACGAAACUCGUACUUGCAGUAAAAUCUAAAUCUAACGGGAACAUGGACAUAUUUGCCAUACACUGUAUAUUGGGAGUUAGGGGGGAAAGCCCCAGGAAAAGUAGAACAUUUUGAGAUAUUUAGUCCUAUUUAGUUCAAAACUCUUAUUUCAUUCUUGCUACUGUCAUUUAAUCCAAUUUCUGGAUGGGUGGUGCAAUUUUCUGUGGGUGGUGGGGUAACUCUCUGAGGGGGUGCAAAAUAAUUUUUGGUGGGAUGUGUGCUCCUCCCCCGCAUCCAAAAAAUCCAUCUAUGAAUAGGAAUAAACAUGACUUAGUGGAUUAGGUCUAUUUGCAUGUUUCAAUCGUCUAACAUAUUAUUCAUACUCUUUUGCAGCUUCAACCUGCUUGCUAUCUCAGCUUCAAUGCGUUUAUUUUAAAACCUUCCCAAAGAUUGGUGUAUUACAAAUUUAUAUUAGAAAGUGAGUAUAGCUAUGAUUAUUAGAGCUGUGUGGUUCCAAAAUUUUAUCUCGGUUCCGGGUUUUUUUGGAAUGGAAUAACCUCAGUUCGGUUUCGGUUAUUUUCAAAAAAGAAGAACAGUACAAAUGUAUGAACUCAUUUAUGUAUGUUUCGAGCAUUUUUACUAAGUAGAUGAAUUUAUGCAUUUGUAAGUUUGUAUAAAUCUCUGAAUAUUGUAAAAGAACAAUUGGAAUUUAUUUAUGAACAUGAAAUAUUUCUUUUUUUUAAAAAAUUAAAGCAAGUUCACAACAAUAACUAUCACAACUAAAAUAUCAACUAUUUGAGCACUUAGUACAGUGCAUAUUGCGCACAAAGAGCACAAUCUUGUUAUUUUCCAAACAUUUCAACCUGCAAUGUGGGCGUUUGGCGGGCGUUAAACGGGAAAUUAAAACCGAAACUACCAGUUCUUUUGCGUAUAAUUUUUCGGUGCUAAAAAAGUACCGGAAGAACCGAAUUUUUCGGUUAACCGCACAGCUCUAAUGGUUAUUAGAUGAGUAGGAUAUAUACAGCAUAAGCAGCUGUGUUGACUGUUGUAUCAGACCACAGUUUAAUCAAUGAUAUUUGGUGAGAAAAGUGAACUUCAAUUUUAUGUGAAUCAGCAGGACGUUGUGUCAGCUAUACAAACUGCCCAAAAUCCCUGAGUAUUUUGAAAGCAAACUGAAAUCGUGACCGUGAAGGAAUUUCCACUGCAAAAACAUUUUGACUAAAAACCUUGAGUAAAAUAAUGGACCCAUAGCCCGCGUGCAGGCCCAAGGGAACUGAUAGUGGGCCUGCAAGCAAGGCCUGGUAUUUUGUAAAACGCCCCUUUUCAUAACACGCCCCAUUCGCGCGUCAAUUGUCAAAAAAGAACCAAUGACAGCACCCAAAUAUUGACAAACAAACUCGCAUUAAAAUGUUGCGGGGUUUUCUCUACUUAUUCAGAACAUAAACAAUGUGUAAAUGGCUGCGUUUUAACUCCAAAAAAGCAAGCAACGCAGUCAGUAAUUGCCAAAUUUGCAAGUGCUCAUUUUCAACUAAAAUCGUAACAGAAAACCAGUCUCAAACUUCAAAUCGUGAGGGAAGUCGUGCGACCACAUUAGCAUUCGCUGUCGCCAUUGUUAUAAAUAAAUUGUCUCCGUAUCAGAUCGUGUGUCCAAUUCUUGUUGGCGGCGGAAAGUACGAAAUUUAUUUCAGUUAUUUCAUUUGGUAAAGAACUCUACAAAAGAAGAGAGCGUUCAGAGCAACCUCGUCCCCAGGGUCUUCCUCGUGGUGGCGCGUGAGCUGAGGAAGACCCUGGUAAAAUACGAUGAAAUCUCCAAGAUUCUUGGAGAUUCAUCGCAUGCGCACUAACGACAACGUUAUGUUGCUGACUACAAUUAGCGCUGGCGCUUACGAUUUUCUUGCUUAAAAAUACACAUGUUUUGUUGAUUCUUUAUGUAUUUAUUCUCAAAGUUUUAACAAAUUUUAAGAAAAAUACGUCAGAUAUAAGCUGUGAACACACAUGUACACAAAACUGUGCAACAUUCGUCAUCAUAUUGUAUCAAUUUGUCGGAGUAUGGCGCUCAUAUUUGUGACAUUGUUUUGUUCGCUUUGGCAACCCUCGUAUAUAUCAGAUGCUGUUCGGCUUCAAAUGCGACUGAAUGAACACUGAUAGUGUUGCCUGGAAUAUGAAAUGAUAUUGACUGAUUGUUCUGUAUAUCAAGGUAGGUACUGUACAUUUAUACUGAAUUUAUUCGAUUUAUUUUCACACGUUGCUUUCACAUUUUCCCAGAGUCUCGGAAAUCACAUUUUCUAUUAAACACAGUUUCACACAUACAAGACUUCACUUCACACAUACAGAAAGACUUCAUUUCACACAUACAGAAAGACUUUUAAUCAAAUUAUGAUAACAGUUAUGAUAAUUAUGAUAACAGUAGAAAUUGCUUAGAAAGAUUUUAUUCCUUUUUCCAUAUACAGUACAACUGUUAUUUUGAUUUUCUCUUUCCUAUAUUUUCUUUAAUUAAAGCAGGUACUGUUCUGUUACAAAACAACUGAUAAACAUUUUAUUAUUUUAACAGGUGAACCAUAUUUUACAUCAACUUGGGAAAAGCCAACUUGAAUUCCAUGGAAAUAUAUAAUCAUGUCAUCAAUCAGAUAGUAAACAAUCAUUAAGAAUUAGAUGGCCUCAAGAUUAUAUUUCACAUUGACCAACAUGAAAAUUUUUAAAUGGGAAUGAGUUGAUGGCAUUAUAGUUUUCUAAUGUUCAUCAAGGUGAAGAAACUCACUAUACCUUUCCCUGGUACAGAGCCAUGGUAGUAAUCUUAGAAUAUUUUCAUGAUGCCUCUGUUCAGUAGUUCUUCCCAGUCUAGUAUUAUGACUGUAUUAUUUUAAAUAGCCUUGUUUGACUUUUGUAUUUUGUUUCUUUAAUAAUACAAUCAUUUACAAUGGUGAAAAUUACAGUUUAAUAUUUGUAUUUCUAAUGAUAAUUACUUGCACAUAUCCAUCACACUUCUCUGUUACUAUAUUACUACCAUGCAAGUAAAAUCUCUUGGGAAAAAUAAAAUGUUGUCCCAGGAUGGUCAUAAAUAUCAGCUAAUAAAACUAAUGAAUAUACCCAUAAUCAUGUACAUAUGACUAUCAUAUAAUAUGUUGUAAUUCCUUUGAGUGUUUCAAAUCAAAUAAAUUUUUAUUUUCAGUUGUUCAUUGUUCAAACUUAUUUGAAACCUACAGUAUAUGUAGUUGCUAUGAUUCAAAUUAAUAUCCAAAAGUGUGCCUUUUAUAGACUCCACCCUAAUACAGACACUUUAUUGUGCCACUCCAAUGUUCAUUCAAAGUGAUCCAACUGACAUCUGAGCUGGUGAUAAUAUACAGCAAAGUAUUGGAACUAGGAGUAUAUCACAUAAGUUGUUCAUUCAGUCAAGAUAUCCAGGUUGUGCUGAUCAUCAUAUCAAACUCCAUCACAUAUUGUGCCUUAAAAACAUAUAUACAAAUUUUAAAACUUGUUGCAGCACACUGGGCAAUUCCAUUUAAUAUAGCCCCCCACACCCUAUUGAGGGGUCUCUUCAUAAUACCUUAAACAUUUUGGAACCCCAUUGGAUGCAAUUUUGGAACCUCCAUGGAUAUCUUUCUACCCCUUUAGGAUAUUGUUCCUGCCCCUUUGGAUAUCACUACAACACCUAAUUUUUUGGAAAUCUCUUAAGCUACCCUCCAGAAAAAUUUAAGGUAAAAUCCCCCUCUCUAAAAUCCCCAUAUAGGAUAUCCAGACCUCAAUAGUGGGGCUAUUUAUAGAUGGAAUGGCCCAUUUGACUUGGUGUGUGGCGACUACCACCAAAGCAAAAUGAAAGCAUGCUGCCCUGCAUUCCAUACUGUAGAAAACAAAUAAAUUUUGAAGCAUUUAUACUGUUACUUGUAACGAUAAUCAGAAUUGAUGAGAAAAUUCUUUCUGUCUUUCUGUAUGGCUGUAUGUUAGUGAUGUGAUCUCACUGUUCAUUAUAAGGCUGAAAUAGUUUGAAACUCGUGUGAAAAUAAAUUCAGUAUAAAUGUACAGUACCUACCUUGAUAUACAGAACAAUCAGUCAAUAUCAUUUCAUAUUCCAGGCAACACCGUCAGUGUUCAUUCAGUCGCAUUUGAGGCCGAACAGCAUCUGAUAUAUACGAGGGUUGCCAAAGCGAACAAAACAAUGUCACAAAUAUGAGCGCCAUACUCCGACAAAUUGAUACAAUAUGAUGACGAAUGUUGCACAGUUUUGUGUACAUGUGUGUUCACAGCUUAUAUCUGAAGUAUUUUUCUUAAAAUUUGUUAAAACUUUGAGAAUAAAUACAUAAAGAAUCAACAAAACAUGUGUAUUUUUAAGCAAGAAAAUCGUAAGCGCCAGCGCUAAUUGUAGUCAGCAACAUAACGUUGUCGUUAGUGCGCAUGCGAUGAAUCUCCAAGAAUCUUGGAGAUUUCAUCGUAUUUUACCAGGGUCUUCCUCAGCUCACGCGCCACCACGAGGAAGACCCUGGGGACGAGGUUGUUCAGAGUCCAGAUCGUUUCAUUUCAAACGGCAAUUUAAUACCGUCUUCUGUUUCGCUCUCUCAGCGAAGCCUUGUAAAUCGCAAAGUGUUUCGAAUAGGCUUACAUGCAACUGCAUCUCAACAUCAACCAAAAGAUCAUUUUCUUGAGGAACAUAUAACGUAUCAACUCUGUUUGAAAUUAAUGAAACUCAAGUGUAAAGGUUACUAUAGUUUACCCCAGUCGUAAUGUUGCUAUUCCAACACCUCACGACAAGCAAUCCCCAUUGGCAUAACGGCAAAAACAUCUCUUCCUUCAAGUAAACAAUAAACAGUCUGUUCUUGUUCCAUUUGUAAUUGAAAAAAGUGAUCAAUUUUCGAAUUUUAAGCUUAUCGAGAGAAUAUCGAGAGCCUUUGUGAUGAAUCACUGACCUAAUUAUAGAAUACAGCAAACAGCCAAUCAGAAUGCCGCGUUCGUGGGCGAACGCGGAAAGUACAAAAUACCGGGCCUUGCUUGCAGGCCCACUAUCAAGUUCCCUUGAGCCUGCUCCCUUGGGCCUGCACGCGGGCUAAUGGACCCACAGUGACUCAAACUUUUGUGUAAAAUUACUCAAAUUUGGUGCGACUUAAUAAGGAACAAAUAGUUAUGUUGUCCUUUCCAUCAAUCGCGCGAUUGUUAAGUUAAUAAAAAAAAACAUGACCAAAUUUACUCAAUCUUUUUUAAUUAAGUAAAGUUUCAAAUUUACUAGUUUUUGAUAAAAAUUAAUACUUACUAAAAAAUGUGCUCAUGAGUUUGAGUGAUAUUAACGGCUUAUUGACCGAGCGUGAGGUCUGUACUGUGAAAUAUCAGACCGAGGUUUUUUAGUAUGGACCAAGCGACGAAGGAGCGAGGUCCAUGCAAAAAACAGAGGUCUGAUAUUUGACAGUACAGACCGAACAAGCGAGGUCAAUAAUCGGUUUAUUAUAUGGCUGAACUGAGUCGAUCUGUGAGCAUAUGCUUUUCGCGCGAAUUAAAUCGGCUAUCAUCAGUUUCACUGGGUAACAAUAUACGGUAGGCAUGCAUGUUCAAUCAAAAACAAUUUGGUUGUUUGAAAUUUUUAUCUGUAAAUUUUAAUGACACACAAUUGGAAAAUUAAAAAGCAAACAAAUUUUCUGUUUGCAAAGCAAAAAUUUCCCGCCAGAUAAACGACAUCCAGGACACCGGUCCAGAUACGGAAAAUACGGACCACGGUCCGGAUAUGGGUUUUUACGGACCGCUUGUCAACCAAUCAGAAUAGAGAAUUUUGAAAAGCCAUAUAAUAAUACUCAAUAUUGAGUCACUGUAGGUGCAUUAUUUUACUCAAGAUUUUUAGUCAAAUUGUUUUUGCAGUGGAAACUCCUUCACGGUCAUGAUUUCCGUUUGCUUUCCCCAUGGAUUAUUUAUGGUACAAUGAUUUUUAUUAACCUAGUUAUUUUUUUAUUCCAGAAUUAGUUCAAUAUUAUACAACUGGACAUGUAGACUAUCAAGACACCAAAGGUUUGACUUUAUUUUGUUUACUUAUAAACUGCAUGUAUUCCAUGGCAGGAAAAAAGAUUUUUCCUGGGAGCACAACCUGGAGACAAAGGUUUCCUGCAGACUAACGGAGUAGUCUUGUGCUAAAUUUGCAUAAACAUGUAGUAUUCUAGCUGCCCAUGGUUUUCAAUCCAAGGACUAAUGUCUGUCAACCAUAUGUUGUUGCGCCCAUAGUGGGACAUGGUUGUUAAUGUUUCCUUCAAAUUUUCAAUAGCAAAUCUCCAUUCAAACGAAUUUACUGCAGCUGUUUAAAAUUUUCUGCGAGCAGUGCUCGCGUGCUCGCUUAUUUUUUCCACCCCUGAUGCAUUCAGCCCUUGCAAGUGACGUCACAACACACAAUUGGGGCCGGUUGUUUGAAAGCGGGUUAGCUUAACCCUUGGUUAACCUAAAAUUCAAAGAAAACUUUCCAACAGCUUGUUUAUCAAACUGGAAAUUUUUUCAGAAAUUUUGCAUGGACCAUGCAAUAGGAGUUUUCUUUUCUGGAGUUUUGUAAUAAACAACGUGCAGAGAUAUACAAACUAAAACGACGGGUUAGCGCUAAUCCAGCUUUGAACAACCGGCCCCAGCUCGCGUAAUUUUGAAAAUGGGUGUUCAAAAUUUAAAACAAUGGCUAUAUAAUAUAUUAUAAACUAUAAGUGGGUGUAUAUGUUGUUGUCCUUGUAUCACAUAUAUUUGAUUAGAUUCCAAAUUGGCUUUUUCAUAGCUUUUAAUCAGAUAAUUCCUUAUAUAUGUAGCUGCUUUACAAGAAAUAGCAGAGGUUCUUGGAGAACUUGAAAGCUGCACUAAAAUACUGGUAAAUUUCCAAAUUAUUCUUUCAAUAUUUAAUCAACAUUGUGUGUACGCUUUAGGACUGUUCGGUAUACCGAUAUACCGAAAAUAUCGGUAUUAAAUCAAUAUCGGUAUAUCGAUACCGGAUAUUCAACCAUGCCGAUAUACCGAAAUUUCGGAUAUACCGGAAUUUUUCGGUAUAUCGUGUUAAAUUUACCAACUAUAUGGCGAAACCAUAACCUUUAUUUUACUACUGAAUGGCAAUUCAGAGAACUUUCUACUGCAAUCAUUUAGAAUUUCCACUUCGGUGAGAUUUUACACUGAGUACGUGUCGUUCGAAACAUGUUCGAAAUAGCUUCGAAAUUAUCGUUUUCCCUUUUAGAAUUACUCAAAAUUUCCUUCAAAUUCACCGAACAUUCCUGGAACGCUUAUUUCAAUAGAUACGGAUAGUAGUGAACUUUAAUUAUAAUAUAACAUUUGUAAAUUCUGAACGCUGAUUGGCUAAGAGCCGUGUUGAUAUAACUCCAUGUCAACACGGGAAAUUUUCCGCCGCUUGUAACACGGAAAUUUUUCUUAUUCUUCGGGCUUUUGACAUUUCUAUAUUAUAAAACAAAUAUAAAACAUUUUUCCGUAUUGAUAUAUAGUUAUAUCAACACUCGUGGAAGUUGGGAAAACUCGAAAUUGUGUGAAAACACUCCGCCCUUCGGGCGUCGUGUUUCCACACAAUUUCUCGUUUUCCCAAUUUCCACUCGUGUUGAUAUAACUGUAUAUCAACACGGAAAAUGUUUUAUAUUUGUUAAUUAUAAAAUAACAUGUAUAUAACGCGUGCUCUGAUUGGUCGAAACCCGUGUUUGGAUCAGGCCAUCCAAACACGGAAAUUUAAAGUGCCUUCUCGGGAAUUUUAAACUUUGUUGUUAUUCGGCUCGUGAUUUCGCGCGCUUUUCUUAACUCUAGCAACAUUCCCGCGUGUUUGGAAACCAUAAAGUAAUUGUAUAUUACUGAACAAACGUAAUUGUCCAACAUUUACUGUAGGAAAACUACCAGAAGUUGAUUGAGCUUGAAAGAGAUCUGAUUGGCUUGGAAAAUCUUGUACAAGAAGGCAGAGUAAGAUUUUCACGCAUAUACCGUAGCUAUGAGGGCUGUUGCCACUACACUAGCCUGCGAACAGGCUCUCAAGCUGAAUUGAGAGCCUGCAUCGAUGACUAAUGAAUUUGAAUAUCUGCGUCUCAAAUCGUGACGCGAAAUUCUCAUUGGUCAGAUGCGAUAAUUUAUAUUAUUCCGCUGAGCUCUAUAUAUGUCAACUGCAGCACUAUGCAUAAAAAACACAUUAACUGAUCAAAUUGGUCUUGGCCAUCUUAUCUCAAAGCACGAAAUGUUCUGUUUUGAGAAAACAGUAUUUAAAACAUUUAAACUUUUGCUUGAAUAUCUUAUAUUUCGAAAAACAGUAUAAACUGUACGGUCUAAAUUUAGUUUGCACGGUCUAAAUUUAGUUUGCAUGCACGAAAGUUGUAAACAACACCAUAUAAGGAUAGACAUUCCAUAUUUGGAAAAACGAACGUUACGGGGCAGAUAUUCAAAUUCAUUAGUUAUCAUCGUUGCAGGCUCUCAAUUCAGCUUGAGAGCCUGUUCGCAGGCUACCACUACACUGCUCUAGCUCAUUCAUGGUGGAUGUUGUCCCUACCACUGAUUCGUGUGAAACCAACAGUAGUAUGCUUCUGUCCCAAAUGUUUAAUUAAUUCUUUUCAGCAAUUCGUGAGAGAAGGAUGUUUACAGAAAAUUUCUCGCAGUGGCUCUCAAGCUCGUAUGUUCUUCUUGGUAAGUAUUGUAAAAUAAAUGUAAAAGUUGAUAUACAUGUAUGUAUAUUAUAAUAAUCUGUUACACUUGACAUUAUAUAUCAAACAUUUUUCUAAUGCCAAAAGCCAAAUAAUUUUCUAGAUUUUACAUGAUUUUUACUCGCAUAUCAGCGUUUGGUUUCUAUGGUAUUAGACAUAUUUUGAAGACACGACGCCACCUGAAAUACGCGCAUAAGAAACAAUGUGCCUUGUACCAUGCAGAGACUGCAUCUCUUCUCCCGAAGUGCAGUACAGUACAGUACAGUACAGUACAGUACAGUACAGUACCAGGGCCGGAUUACCCCUUGACCCCCCACCCACUUCCAACGGCAUUUUAGACACUAAAUUUCAACCCAGUUUAUACCUUUAACAUUAUUAUUACUUACAGGGGAAAAAUAGCUAAACAUAAUACCGUCCAUAUGAACUUCUGCCGUCUUCCACAAAAUUCAGCAAUCUUUUAGUAUUUAAUGUGAUUUUUUUGGCCUCGCUCUAUGGAGCCCCUUGCCCAAAGAAGGAACAAAAAAAAUUGUUUGCGGCCCUGCUUUUGGAGCCUCGCUUUUUAAACUUUGGUGCCUCGUGUUUUUCUAUUUGGGGGCUUCGCUUUUAGGGGCCUUGGACUCUUUGGGGCCCCGCGCUGUUUGGAUCCUGCGCUGAAACAGGAAACAAAAAACCGUUUCGAUCCCGGCUAUUUGGGACCUCGAUUUUUAAAUUUUGGGGCCUGACGUUUUCUGAUGACCUUGGGCUGUUUGGGGCCCCGCGCUGAAACAGGGACAAAAAAAAACACGUUUGGGUCCAGCUUGAUGGGGCCUCGCUUUUUAAAUUUUGGGGCCCUCGCGUUUUCUGGGGGACUUGGGCUCUUUAGGGCCCCUCACUGGCGCACUGUUUGGGUCUCCAACUGAAAAAUGGAACAAAAAAAUUGGGAAAAAAAUAGGAGAGAGUAAGCGCGGGGCCCCCAAAAGCGCGGGGCCCGUGGCAUACGCCGCUUCUGCCAUAUGGUUAAUCCGGCACUGUACAGUACAGUACAGUACAGUACCAGGGCUGCAAAUUACUGUCGGACAUCGGACAAUGUCCGACUAAAUUUGGCAAAUGUCCGAGCAAAAGUAAUUUUGAUCGGACAUUGGUCCGAUCACAAAAAAAUUGUCACAUUAUACAUGUUUUUGCUGUGACAAAAUCCGAUUGCAAAUUUACAUUUUGCAAUGAGGCAUUCUAGCAUUUUACUUAACGUUGCGCCGGAGUGGCUAUACAUACUUGUCUCAUGACUUAUAUAUAUAUAUAUAUAUAUAUAUAUAUAUAUAUAUAUAUAUAUAUAUAUAUAUAUAUAUAUAUAUAUAUAUAUAUAUAUAUAUAUAUAUAUAUAUAUAUAUAUAUAUAUAUAUAUAUAUUGUGACGUAUAUAUGUCCGAUCAAAUUUAGUGAUGUUGGAUUUUGUCCGAACAAAUUCAAGUUAUGUCCGACCAAAAUUAAAAGUGAUCGGACAAAUGUCCUCAUUCUCCUGUCAAGUCAAAUAUUUAUUUGCAGCCCUGAGUACAGUACAGUGCAGUUGCCUGUUGUAUAUUUUUCUUCUCUUUUACAUUCUUUAUUUUAACGCAAACUUGGAAAGUCGUUGUUUAUAAACUUGCGAGUAAUUGUGCCGCCAUUUUGUUUAUUCAUGAUUAGAUCAGUGGUCGGGGCGGGCGACAAUUUUUCACUUGUUGCCCGGCGGGAUACAUUGCGUUUAUGUAACCCCACAUGACCACAAAUAAGCCAAUCAAGUUUGGUGUUCACGCUAGCUAUAUAACAAUACAAUAUACAAUACAGUAUACAAUACAAUAAAUACAGCACAGUAUAUAAUACAGUAUAGUACCAUACAGAACAGUACACUACAAUACAAUACACCACAGUACAAAUAAUACGCUAUAUAGUACACCACAAUACACUAGAGUACACCACAGUAUACAUAAGUAAAGUGCCCAAUAAGGAUUUAGAAGUUCCCCUUCCCCAGUCGUGACAAUAACUUCAUUCUUUCCAAGUUCUCCGAUGUGCUGGUGUUCACAAGCAGAGGAGGAAAUGUAACAAAUCAGUUCAAAGUUCAUGGAAAGUUUUCACUUGAUUCAAUGAAGGUAAAAAUGACUUCAUACUAAUCCUGUUUGAAUAAGUAUCGCCUGCCUAAAUUAUACAAAAAGGUAAGAAGUUCCUAGCAAAGGCUCUGGUGGGAUAAGGUCCUGAGCAGUCUUGGGCAAUUGGCAAAUGGCAACAUUAUCGAUAAUCUUGGUAAAUUUAAGGACAUUAUCGAAAAAUAGCGAACGGGAAUUUUGGGCUUUUUAGCAUUAAUAUUGUAAUUAACAUUUUGAGGCCCCGAAGUGCGUUGAAAGUUUCGGUAUAGUUCAACCGCCACUGUAUAUACCGUAUAUCGAGUGAUCUUCUUCGGAAAUAAUAGCUUUACUCGAAGCGAAGCACUCUGGCUUGGAUAUUGAUAGCUAUUGAUAGCAUUUAUGUCUAAUUUUUGCUUGAAACAUGCUCAUUUUGUAAACUUAAAGCCUGCUUAUUGUUUAUCUUAAUACAUCGUAGAAGUUUCUUUUGUUUCAAAGUCAGUAGUUGGACACUAGUGCUAGCAAAUAUAAAGAAACACACUGUCACUAUGUACGAUUCGAGUGAAGCCAGAAAAUUCAGAAAUAUCGCUUAAAUUGAUGUUAAAUGGUACCAUACAUGUUUUGUGAACAAAAAGAAAUGAUCUUUUUUAUGGAAUGCUGAACAUAUAAUUUCUUGUUUUGUAUAGAUAGAGAAAGGUGAAGAUAUGCAUGGCUUGUUUUGUUUCAACUUAAUAACAGAAGAUAAUACUUACAUGGUCGCUGCCACAACACAAGUUGAAAGAUCAAAAUGGAUGGAGGUACGGGGUAAACUUAUAAAAGAUAUUUUUACAGCUUAUGCCCUUUUAUCUUUAAGUUUUGUAGGCUGAAUAUAGUUUCGGCAUGUUCAGAUAUGAUAUUGAGCUUUUUACCAAUCUACUGUAUGAUGAUGGUUAAUUAUUUUCACUUCAUUUGCAUGAUUAGGAUCUCAAUGUAACGGUGCUGAAAAUUAAGAAUAAAGUAAGUAUAGUUUAAUGUCUUCAUAUAUUGGCUUGAAACUACCGUCGCCUUAUGUAACUUUAUGUUUGCUUUGUUUUAGUCUUCACCAGUUUUGGAAGAAGGUACAGUAACAAUUAAUCAAUUAAUUAAUUAAUUAAUUAAUUAAUUAAUUAAUUAAUUACAAUACAAGCGGACAGCUUUGUGACUUCGCUAAGUAAGAAACAGUAUAGUGUGUUAAAUAACUGGAUUACUGUAAGUGAUCUAAUAAACGUCCAUCUCCUAUAAUAAUGCCCCAUGUCCCGGUCAAACCAGAAUUUUAUAAUAUUGACGCCCCUCUCUAUUAAACGUCUAGUGUCUAAUAAACGCACCCUACUUACAGGAACGUUUAUAAGAUUUCAUGCAACAUUUAUUAGAAUAACGCUUGUUGAACUACUGAUGGAGCAUAAGUGUAAUGGAGCGAAGCAGCUAUGAAUUUUGACCAAUUUUCUUUAAGUACGAAAAUUUAACACCCAGGCUUUAUUAGAUCAUUUACAAUGUAAUAAUAAUAGUAUUUUGAAACAUUGAAACCAGAGCUACAGUAUGUUUGUGCUCACAAGAGCAUCACAUGAGCAACUACAACAAAGACAAGUAUCAUUAAAAUUACCUCAACUGUUUUCUUAUACAGUGAUGAUUAGUACAGAGUCAGGACGUGAGGAUGGAGAGAAUGAAGCAAAGAAAGUUAAAGCGUCUACUCUUGAUAAAAGACAUGCAUGUUCUCGUACUAUGUCCACGAGAAGAGUUUGUUGGCAUAGAAACACUAGCGUCAGCACUGUCGAAUAUAGCAUUGCUGUCAGGGUAGGUGAAAUACGUCCAUUGUAGCAUACCCUUCUGUAGGGUGCGAUUUAAACUUUUCAUUUAAAUGUGUGCUGCCAUAUUUCUUGUCCCUCCAACAUGAGAUUUGUGCGACUAGACCCAGGACUUUGGGAAAUGGCUAAUUGGCGUACCAAUACGUACCGGAUAGUUGCCAUGUACCACGUAGAUGCGCGUAAUUACUCUUACUGUCAGCGUACUUACAUUUUGCUAGUACCAUAUGACCUUCCCAACUGCCAAGGUAUUCAAAACCGUAAUCCAACACCUUCGACAUGGCUUGGUAUGAAUGUUAGAGUCAAUUGCACAGAAAACAUGAGUCUGUUUUACCAGCUUGGGUACGCGGCAAUAGUCGUUGGACUGGAAAUCUUGAAUUUCAUUGAAUCAAGAAUGAAAGAGCUGUUCCCAUUUGCUAACAAAAAAAUGAAAGUUUCAUUGUGAAGACUGUUUUGGAAAUUUGGUGUCGAUAUUCCCGUUUGCAUCUUUAGAUGAUAGUAGUCCUUCGUGAAACAAUAUACAGAGCAUUGAGUUAUCCCGGUGGGUCUUAUGUACAUGUUGAUGCAAUAAUCAAAUUAGAGUUUCGCUAUUUUCACUUUGUUUUAUAAACAGAGGCGGACACUUCGCGAAAUAUUGGGGGGAUUAGAUUGCAAACAUAUCACCACCUUUUGUAGCUGGAAAAAUUUCAUGCACUAUAUUUCAAUGCUUUCAUUGUUGAACAAUUCACAUCGCGAUAAAAAGUAGUUUCCGAGUUUUGCAACCAACGUUGUGAAUGCAAAGUUUACGUAUCACAUGUCAAAAUAAAUUCCUCUGGCACUUUUGCCGUUUAGUGUGUAUGAUUAAAAUGUGUUCAAAAAUACCUUUAAUUUGUCAAACGAAGGGCAAAAUAUUAGUCCUUCAACUUUAUUUUGGUUUGUUAUUGUCUUGUCUCAACACGAAAGAGAAAGUUACACCCCAAGUCAUCACAUUUUGACAUGUGAAACUUAGAGUUGUCCAACCACAACGUUGGUUGCAAAACUCAGAAACAACUUUAUCGCGGCGUGGGGUAACGCUCGAAUGAAAAUGGUGUAAUGUUAUUCAGCUAUUAUUCAAGGAUUUUCAGGAAAUUAUUCGGGUGGCGGUUUCCCCCGUCCCCCCCCCCCUCACCCUAUUAUAAACAAUAAAAGUAAUAGUAGUCCGCACCCAAACCCCCGUGGGGUGUACUCCACGUUAUUCUUCAAAGCAUCUGUUGUAUUUCCUUUGAUCUAGAACCAACUUUCAGGAGAACUACAGAGAAAGUUUAAAACUGGAGACAAAUGGCAAAAGUUGUUUGUUGUCCUCACAAACUUCUGUUUAUUCUUUUAUAAAUCACAUGAGGUAUUUUAGUUAAUAUUUAUUAUGUGUAUGCUAUUUUAAAAGGACGUUCUUGUAGAUAGAAUUGGUUGUGAAUUUUAUACAUAUAUUCAGAGCUAAUCAAGCUGCGAAAGAGCGUGCACUGGAAUCACAGGGCCGCAGAUUGGAUUCCUGCCAGAGGGCGUAUAUAGUUGCAUUUUAGCAGCUGCUGCUUGGGUCUGAAUAAAUGUAUAAAAUUUGCAAUCGAAAUUCCCAUCUCCAAAAUUCUUCGACAUUUAAUGCUACAAGACUAUACCCUAUAAUAUAUCAUAUUCAGAUUUAUUUCAGAAACACUGUGACCGUAUAUAGUACCUUGACUUUAUUCAAUACAAAAUUUCAUUAUUCAGGAUGAAGAACCAUUAGCAAGUCUUCCUCUGAUUGGAUAUGCCGUCACAAAACCAGAUGAAGUAAGUAAAUGUGAAUACUUAAUGUUUCAUAGCUUUUUCGCGAGUUUUUGACAAUAACGUGUGUCAGACAUGCAUAUAAUAUACAUGCAUCCGUAUAUAUAGGUGUGGUAGCAGCUAUAGGCCUUAACAUUUAUCAUUGGCAGUGUCGCCGAGACGUUGCGCGAACCCCCGGGGCAAAACUUUCCCAGGGGUCCCAUGACGUCAUAAUUGUCAAAACAGGAGAAGUUGUGAUUUACAAUAUAUUGCACUUUAUGUAAUAUAUCAAGUCCGACUAUGAGGACUUUGCCAGAUAUCCAGUCCGUGCAAUUAGUUCUAAACUAAUUGUAAUUUGCAAGGACUGGAUAUCUGGUUCAGUCCGAAUUGUCGGAUUUGAAAUGACAUUUCAUACGAAUAAAUCACUACUUAAAGUGCAGGCCUUAAAAUAUCUUUUCCAGGGCCGUCUGACAAAAUGUCCGGUGACGUUGAGUUUGGGUCGGACAUAUGUCCGAUGACCUUCAGUUCAGUUUUGACUCGGAAAUAAGUCUGAAUGACACAAAUGAAUAAACGGUAAAUGUUGUAAAGAUAUUAAAUAAUUUGUUUCUUUCAUAAUUAUUUCCAAGCCAAAAUUAACUUGCUUGCCAGAACAGCAGUAUUAAAAAAGACUUCGACAACUUAAGCCCGUUUUCCACUUCACCAUUUCGCUCGCCGCCCCGCGCUCGACUAUACGUUAAAACAACAUUUCCAGUUCACCUUUUAUACAAUAGUACUCUGAUUUUCCAUUUAACAUACAAGCCUCUAGUCCUGGGCUAGGGUACAGGUACAUUUUGAUUUACGGCGGACAAAGCUACAGUUCGGUCGGACACCAAUACACUCAGGUCGGACAAACAAUAAACCUCAUGCAGUUUCACUUUGGUCGGACAGAAUGUCCGGUGGUUUCCUCUCUACGUCGGACAAUUUCACGAAUGGGUCGGACAAUGUCCGUGACCGACCGAUAUUUUAACGCCUGAAAGUGAGGUGAAUUAAUUUUGUUCCAGUCCAAGGAUUGAAUUAAUUUUGUUCCAGUCCUAGUACUGGACCAAUAUACCUAAUCAGGUAUCCAGUCUCAUCAUGUGAGCAAAAUAAAGUAAUAUGGUUGGCUAAUUUACUCAUUGAUUAUUAAUGAGUUUGAGAUUGAAUAUUGUCUGGCAUUGCAGGCCUUAAAAUAUAUUUUACAGGACCGUCUGACAAAAUGUCCGAUGACGUUGUGUUUGGGUCGGACAUAUGUCCGAUGACUUCAGUUCAGUUUGUCUCGGAAAUAAGUCUGAAUGACGCAAAUUAAUAUCAGCAUAAUGUAUUCAUUCUGAACUAAAUGUUGUGAAGAUAUUAAAUAAUUUGUGUCAUUCAUACUUAUUUCCAAGCCAAAAUUAACUUGCUUGCCAAUGAUAACAGUACGACUUCGAUAACUUAAGCCCGUUUUCCACCUCACCAUUUCACUCGCCGCCCCGCAACAUUUUCGGUUCAUUUUUAUACAAACUCUGGUUCUGGACUAGGAUACAUUGCCGUAUGCACAGUUCUUUAAUAUAAACUUUACUUAUUUUUUCCAAAAUCUAGAAUGAUAACAUCAAUAAAGAAUUAGUGAUUAAACUUCAGUACAAAACACAUGUUUACUUCUUCCGUGCAGACAGCGAGUAUUCAUUCUUCAGGUG